CAUCAUCCAACAUGGAUUAAACUGCUCAGGAGAGAGGUCUUUAGUACCAAAGUCAACACCAGCAUCCGACCCAUCAUCACAUAUUUGCCAUAACCUGCAGGAAGAAGAAAGUGCAUUGCAGUGGGUGGAAGUGAAAAGGUGUCCCACGACAUACAUUUUGUCAAAGUGCUUCACGCAACACCAAGUCCAGCUCUGUUACUAAUUCGGUGGAAAUUUAACAAAUAGUUACAAAAUAUUACACAGUACAAAGGACCGUGUAGUCGUAGUAGUGGUGGUCGUGGUGGUGGUUGGUGGUUGGACUGACCACCACAUCAGGGGCACAUCACAAACACUGACCACACUAUUGAAGUCAUCCUCACUUAUAGUACACACAAACACACAGGGUUUUCUUUCAGGGGACGGGGGAGAAAGGUAGUGGUCUCAGCCAAGAGCUCUUUCUCUCUUCUGAAUCAAGUAGCCAUAUAUAAAUACGCACUUCUCCCGUUAAUUGUGUAAUCUGCUGCUAUCUGUAAUAUAUACAAAUUGUAUACUAGAGUAGUAGUCGUCGUGCGAGGAGCAGGAUGCCAGUAGUACCUCCGACAAUGCGUGGCACUGCGCCACAAAUUCAAAAGCCUCCCUGGGUCAGGGAAUCCUCCUCGAACCAACAACCUACAUCUGGCGUCCAGGAAGUGCCAUGGAGAAAGAACCUCAAACCGACCGGUGAACGGGCCAUUCCAGUCCAACCUGCCACCACACCUGCUGCACCACCAACGACCCAUGAACCCGGCACCACAAAACCCACCAAAUUGCAGAUUAAUUUAAAAGCGGUAAAGAAACCGGACAAGAAGGACGCUCCGACUGCGACUGAGAAAAUUCACUCCGUCAAGCUCAACCCAGUCCCACCGAAGGUCGACGAAGCAGCCAAAGUGACCAAAGAAGUGACCACCAUCCCGAUUCAGAGAGUUAGCAGCUUGACAAAAACACAGCCACCUGGUGAAAAUAACAAAAUGCGGAAAAACUCUAAUGCGUCGUCAAAUGAUUCGAAACCAAAACCUCCUCCAACACCUCCCCCACCGCCGCUUCCACUCGCCGGGCCGCCACCACCCCCACCUCCACCUGGCUUGCAAGUCUCCAACAAGCCUCCAAAACCACCUCAUGUGCAGGCCAAGAUAGAACAGCUUCGGAAACCAUGCAGAAAAAGGCCAGACUUGAACCAGUUGAUGAAAGAGAUUGAACAGGGCCGAAAGUUGAACCAUGUUCAAUGUAAUGACCGCUCAAAACCAAUCAUACCUCGGAUGAAAUCGUCGGGAAAAUUUGUAUUUGACUCUGAGGCUAAACCAGCGAAUAAGGCGGACGCUGUUCAUCACAAACUUCUUUCAGAAAUCCAAGGAGGAGUAAGACUUAAGAAAGUGCAGUGUAACGAUAGAAGUAAACCGAUUCUUAGUGGGCUUCGAAAAAUACAACGCCAAGUGAGCCUAACCGAUGGCUCGAAACCACCCGGGGAAGCUCCCCUCCCGGAAGAAACCCCAGAAGAAGAACUCCAAUUCGUUGAUGAUAUCGACGUUCUCCGCGAUGAGUUGCAGUCGUCCAAACAAAUGCUGGAAAUGGAGCUCGAACACAAGGCCAACGUCGAGAAGAAGAACCGUGACCUGAAAUGUCAAGUGAUCACGAUGGAGGCGGAAAUCAACACACUCAAGUCACAACUUGGCCUAGUUUCCGAGGACGAAGUAUCCAUGAUGUCGAAAGGGUUGGGUGGCGAGAAGAAAAAUAUUCGCAAGUCGAGUUCAGGUCUCUGGAAGUCACCUUCCAUCGUGGGGAUAAAAAAGUCCAGGUCAGGCGUUAAUAGAGACGGUGGUCCAGGAAAACCAGGGAUGGAUAGGAACGAGGACGACGAUUUACAAGAAGUCAACGAAAUGGAGGAGGAAGUCCAAGACUUAAAAAAGCAACUUGUCCAAGCUAAAAAGACGGCGGACGAUUGGGAAGCAAAAUUCAAGGAUGCCAUGGCCAAACUCCUCGUAGCACAAGGGAACUUGGAAGACUCUGAACAAAAACGUCUCGUUCUUGAGAAGAAGCUUGAAAAGACCAACAAGCAGAAGGGCGUCGCCCCCGCCGCUCCCACCGAGUGUCGCUGGACGCAAACGGAGGAGAAAAUCUUGGAGAGGAAAUUUUCCAGGACACAAACCAACAUCCUGGACAAUGGGACUUAUGGUGGAGGUGGGGGCGGUGGUGGUGAGGACGAUUCGGAAGAGGACUCCUCCGACAUGGAAGUGGACGAGGAAACAGUCCAGCGGAAGAAGGAGGAGAGGGAGAUCAAGUUGUGGGAGAACAAAUUGCGUAACGUUAAGGAGAAGCAACACUCAAGUAAAAUGGAGCGGAAGAACCUCAAACAGUCGCAAAAGAACUUGGAGAAAGAUCUCAAAGAUGCAAAGGCCAAACACAAGGAGUUGCAGAAAGAAGUGGACAAGAUGGCCAAGUGCAUGAUGAAGGCGGACGAGGAUGAGGACGGUGACGAAAACGGUGACGCUGACGAUGACGAGGAUGAGGAGGAGGAGGAAGAAGAGGAAGAAUCUGAGGAAGAAGAGUCUGAAACGGAAGAGUCCGAAUCGGAGGAUGACGAUGACGAAGAGGAAGUUUCCUCGGAAGAGGAUGACCCCGAGUUGACCCAUGACGAGCGGCUGGCCCUGUUCGGGAAGAGGAUCAAGCGAAGGGAGAACGUGCUAAAUGCCCUUCGCAAGGGGAACUACCUCCUGAGAGCGAACAUUGACAGGUUGAAGGAUGAGAUGGAAGAUGAGCGAAUUAAAUAUCAAGACUUGGAGCAUGAACUCUCAUCUCUUAUCGACAUUUAAUCUCGGACAGAUGUGAGAAAAAAUCGGAACCAACGUCAAGCUACAUACAUACGUAUGUACAUACGUGUGUCUAAAAUUGUGUUGAAUUUUAAUAUACUUUACAUUCAUUAAAGCCGCAUGAUAAGUUUAGGACUCGUGAGAUAUAAUAAUCUCACAGCACCAAAUUAGAGAUUCCAGGAUAAUUUGACGAAUGGUGAAAUAUUUAAUGUCAUGUACAUGUGAGUAAAUGACUUCUUUUGACUGAUGACUGUGUAAUAUUAAGCAUACAUAAAUACAUGUGUUAUGGAAUGUGCAUGCAUACUUUACUCAUUGUUAUUAUCCUUCAAAUACAAAUAAAUAAAUAAUUAUCCUACGCUAAUUAAUUUUAAAUAUGUGUAAAAUCUGAAAACUUAUAUAUUAUGCAUAUGGUAAAUACACGGUUGUCGUUAAACCUACUGUAUGGGAAUCGUUAUUUUUUAUGUACAAUGAUAUAAUAAUACUAUGAAAAAAUUAGUCAAUCACGAAGCCCGUGUUGAAAUAAUAGGUGCUCAGACUGUUAAUAAAAUAACGAUAAAAUAAAAUUCCUUGAAAAUAUACCACCAAAGAGUAAUUAUGUAAAUAUGUGUAAUUUUAAUAAUCGUCAAGUCUAUUGUAAAGCUUAAUUGUAAAUACACUUUAAGAAAACUCUAACCGUGAAUUGCCAUCCUGUUAAAUGAAAAUUAUUCCCAUAUUUAAUUGUGUCUACGCAUUUUUCCACAAAAUGAAACACAAGGUCAAUAAUGGUGACACACAUAAUAAUAUCAAUGGAACAAAUUCAUCAAUUAUAUUGUAAUGUUAACUUAUUUCUUAUGCUUUUUCCAGUGUUAAAACGACGAUAUACUUAUUUUAUGCAAUUUUGUGUCUCAGUUUAACUUCAUGCAAACGUGUAUGCAACGAACUUAGCAUAGAUAAAUAUUAUACAACUUGCGAGUCAUUAUGAAACCGAUAUUACUGUUACAUUACAUAUUUAUUACAAUAAUAAAAUUACUCGAGAUUA